ACAGGCAUGGUUUGAGAAAGAUUUGGCUAUUGUUUCUAGACUGUCGAUCGACCAUGUAGGGACGUGUGUGUUCUCUAUAUCCUUAUAUACUAGCAACUUCCUGAGAUUUUGACAGACGUGUGUGUAUAUUGUGUACACCUACACAUAUAAGCGUACAUUUGUGUGCGUGUAAUCUUUUAACAUGACAUCCUAUAAUCUAAGAUGUAACCCACAUUCACUAUGUUAACAAGUGUCACAUUUUGGUGGUGCAAAGCUGUUUUUCUUUUCUGUACUUCCAUCGCUUUAAUCUCUCAGUAAUGUUUAUGUCACAAUCAAACAGAUGUUUUAUUCCGUGUACUUAUGGAUUGAUAUACAUUGUCUCUACACAUACAUUUAUUUACACAGCUAUCGAGUUAUCAAGCUGACGAUCUGGGAUCCUGUACGUUAUCAUUCGACCAGCUUUAAAAACAAUAGCGACCAAAUCUCCCUCAAAUCAUAAUUCUUACUGUCUUAAAAAUAAUAAUAAAUUAAUAAGACUCGUUGAAUAACGUAGUUCGGGGUUCCCUGUUCAUCAAAAAAUAACAGGGUGGUCAUGGCUAGCAUGCCUUUGAUAUUUGACUGCUCAAUCACGGAUGACCUGGGGUGAAACAAUUAAAUCAACAAUCGAGUAAGAUUGGUGGUGGGUGGGGUCCAAGAUAGACGUGUACGUGUGUGUGAUGUUUUCAUUUAUAGAUGUAAGUUGACGACACACAGAUAGACAUAAACACACGCACGACUGAGUCGUCUUUUCCUCGUUGUUGAUUAUCACCUCGUCCCGGAUCCAAAGGCUAAUGAAUUCAAUUAGAACCCAGUCCGAUGAGAGAAGAGGAAUUUCUGAGAGAGCCCCAAAAUUUGUAACCAAAUGAACCCCGAAACAACAAGCAUCCCUUACUCUAUACAAGACAUUAUUCAACUUUUGAAUGCUUCUUGUAAAGCAACGCACUUCUUUGAUUAUAUCUUUUUGUUUGUCUUAUUAUUUCAAGUCUCUUUUAUAUUCUGAUAGAAUUCCUGGGAGAUUUCAAAAUGGCAAACACAGGCAUUCCUCUCGAUAUUUGUUAUGGUUCAUUAUCUUUGUUCACCACAAUUCUUCACAACAUUUUCCUUCUCUACCAUGUCGACAUGUUCGUGUCCUUUUAUAAAAUUGACAAACUUUCCUUUUGGAUUGGGGAAUCCAUAUUCCUCGUGUGGAAUUCCUUGAACGACCCACUCUUUGGCUGGCUCAGCGAUCGGCAAUACCUCUCGCCACAUUCAACAGCAUCUUCUUUCAAGAGCAACGAACCAUACUCCAAAAGUAAUACAGGCUCCUCGUCAUCCAAAGAAGAAAAUCUCUACACAUACAACAAGUCGAAAUACAGUGAAAAGCCAUUCCCAUCGAGUUAUUCCAACUACAGUAAAAUCAAUAACCGACAGAGCAAUCCAGAAUUAUUGCAGUCCGAACCGAAUUCUAUCAAUGCAUCGAUAAUAUCACACCGCCUCAACUCCCUUGCAUGGAAUGGACCCAUGUUUGCUGUUUCUUUUGCCCUCUUCUGGGUAUCCUGGCUGUCACCUGGCUUGCAAUUUGUCGUUUGCCUCUGCCUCUAUGACAGUUUCUUGACUUCAGUUGAUCUCCAACACAAUGCCCUCUUGGCUGACCUGGCCAUAUCAGCUGACGUACGGACACGGCUUAAUGCCUGCAGUGCAAUCUUUAGUGCCUUUGGAUCUGUGUCCGUGUUUGUGUCUUAUGCUGUUUGGCACCAAGAAAACCUUGUAUCAUUCCGUGCCUUCUGUUUGUUGCUCUCCGUUUUAUCCAUCUUGGGGUUCUACGUCGGGAUCCGUCUCCUAAGGACAGUAGCCAUUCCUCUCUGUUCAAAGAAUUCAUCCGUGGCUGUAGAAAAUACUCAGUCAAAACUUUCUAGCUCCCUCAAUUAUCUCCGUCAUUUUGGAUCCUGUUCAAAAAGUUCUACCGACGACCUGAAGAAUUAUGUCCGUCAGUUAACAACACAUCAAAAUUUUAUAUGGUUUGCUCUCAUGAAUCUCAUCCAGGUUUUUCAUUGUCAUUUCAACAGCAACUUCUUUCCAUUAUUCUUGGAUGUCUUACUGGGAAAAAAUGGCAAUUCACUCGGAGCUCUGCUACUUGGGGUCUCUUUCGUGUUCCCACACAUCAACAACAUCUACUUUUUGUCCCUUUGCCGACGGCACGGAGUCUAUAGAGUGGUUCUCCUUAUGUUUGUUAUGAAAUUUUUAUUGACUCUAACAAUGUGUGGAAUUGGUUCCAAUUGUAUCUGGGCCAUUUGUAUCUAUAUCGCAAGCAACCGCGUCUUCACAGAAGGGACCUGUAAGCUCCUCAACCUCGUUGUCAGCGAUCUUGUCGAUGAAGACUGUGUCAUACACGGCAGGCAUCAACCGGUGUCGGCUCUGAUCUUUGGAACCGUGGCUCUUCUAUCGAAACCUGGUCAGACACUAGCACCCCUCCUGGGGACAUGGAUGUUAAGUUGGCAGACAGGUCACGAACUGUUCACAGCCGCGUCCAGCGAGGUCCGGUCAUCCGAUCUGAGUUCAGACCCAAACCACCGAAUCGCCUGCUUCAAUCUACUCGUUUACAUCCCCAUGGUGUGUGCCACAUUUCAGAUGCUCAUCUGGCUGCUGAAGUUUCGUCUCCACGGACAUCGACUGCACUGGAUCAAAGCUGUUCGCUCUGGAUCGUCUUCUCUAGCUGUAUAAGAACAACACUGGCUAAAUUCAUCUGUGUAAAUGUAUGGGAGGGGGGUGGGUCAUCAUUCACAUAUACUCAGAGGUUGUAUUUGGUGAAGGACAAAUAUUGUUUUUUUUUUUUUGUGUGUGUAUAACUAUGUAUAUACAUAUGUGAGAUAGAGAGAAAGUGUGAGAGAAAGAAGGGAUGAAUGUGAGCAUAUUGAAAUAUUGUAUAAGGCAGCUAUUAAAUAAAACUGCUUUGUAUAGACAUCAAUUUUACUACAA